UCAACUCCAUUUUGAGUAUAGAUUUUAUAAACAGCUGGGAAAUUCAGAGGGAGUUCCUCAGGUCUUCUACUUCGGGCCUUGCGGGAAGUACAAUGCUAUGGUUCUGGAACUGCUUGGGCCCAGUUUGGAGGACCUGUUUGACCUCUGCGACCGCACUUUCUCCCUCAAGACCGUCCUAAUGAUAGCUAUUCAACUGAUAACACGUAUGGAGUACGUUCACACGCGGAGCUUGAUAUAUCGAGAUGUCAAGCCAGAGAAUUUUUUGGUGGGGCGGCCGGGGUCUAAGAGGCAGCACACCAUUCAUAUCAUUGACUUCGGGCUUGCCAAAGAAUACAUAGACCCCGAGACCAAAAAACACAUCCCAUACCGAGAGCAUAAGAGCCUGACUGGCACUGCCCGGUAUAUGAGUAUCAACACACAUUUGGGAAAAGAACAAAGCAGAAGGGACGACCUAGAAGCACUGGGCCAUAUGUUUAUGUACUUCCUGAGGGGCAGUUUGCCCUGGCAGGGCUUGAAGGCGGACACACUGAAAGAACGUUACCAGAAAAUUGGCGACACCAAGCGAGCUACGCCGAUUGAAGUGCUAUGUGAAAGUUUCCCAGAGGAAAUGGCGACCUAUCUGAGAUAUGUGAGAAGACUGGACUUUUUUGAGAAACCAGAUUACGACUACCUGAGGAAGCUCUUCACAGACCUCUUCGACAGGAACGGCUACGUCUUUGAUUACGAGUACGACUGGGUCGGCAAGCCUCUUCCUACACCUAUAGGCCCCAUCCCCACAGACACACCCCAGCCGAGCAGCAGAGACAAAGCACAACCGCAGACCAAAAACCAGUCGCCCGAGCUCAAAGGAAGUGAGUCCCAGCCCACUCCAGUGACCAAUGAGGAGACUCUGGGGUCGCAUCUCACGGCCGAGAGGCUGGGGGGCUCAGUGCAGGUCAUGAGCUCCACGAAUGGAGAGCUGAACACAGACGACCCAACCGCAGGACACUCCAAUGCUCCCAUCACUGCACCUGCCGAGGUAGAGGUGGCAGAGGACACAAAGUGCUGUUGUUUUUUUAAGAGAAGAAAGAGGAAAGCUCUUCAGAGGCACAAGUGAAGCGCGCUCUUUGAAAAGAACUUGAAACAUUCUGGUCACUGUUAAGUUUGAAAUGCAAGCAAAUACACGGAUCUCUUUCUCUGUCUUUCUCUCUUUCUAUUUCUCUCUGUCCCCAUCACACUUUCUUUCAUUGAUACUUCCACACUUAAUGGAGUGCAAAGGAAUGUUGUUAACUGUCCAACAGACUGGUUCCUUCAAAAAAAGAAAAUAAAUUAAGAAACAUAAGAUGUGUUAAAAAAAAAAAAAAUCACACAAACACUCAAAACAAUGAAAAGAUGAUGAUAUGAGAUUAAUUGAUGAUAUAAGACCACAGUGUGUGAAAAGAUGCUGUUUGAAACUGUUGGUGUAUACUAGUUUCCAUGCAGAAUGUUUAUUGUUCAUUGAUCAGGGGAUGUUACAUUAGUGAACAGAUGAUUUAUGUAUCUUUAGAAAUAGAUCUUGAGAUUAAAAACAUGAGGGCAGGAGUCGCCUCUGCACUGGGAAUGACACCCACCAAAUUACAAAAUAACAGGACACAUUUCAUCUCAUCCAGAGUCUGGAGUCUUUUUUUUUUUCCUGUAAUUGAAUUUUUUUAUUUGUAUUUUUAUUUUAUUUUUUUGAUUGAGAGGAAUCUUUGGGUUGUAAAGCAGUUGUGGUGUCCUGGAAACGCUUACUUUUUGUCCUUUUGUCUUUUUUAUAUAUAAAAUCUUCCUUGUUUUUU